AUGAGCGACACCGAGACAAAGAACAACAACGACUACGAUGGGGAGAGCGAUGACGAUAUUGAGCUUCCAGAGGAUUCGGACUGGGACGAAGAUGAAACCAGCAUCAGCAUCGGACUGAACAAGAAGGGAGAAAAAGGCAGCGGCUAUCGCACUCGGAACGACCCCUCAGCACCUUUCCAAAGAGCGACAGUGACUGAACGCCGAGGUAUCAUCCAAGUGCGAUGCAAAUCUCGAGAGGUCAUUCAUGGAGGCUUAUCCCUCGACUCUGGAGAGAACGCAACUCUUCUCGUCUACGACCUGUACUUGGACACGACUAAAAGAUCUCGAAGAAUUCUCUCGGCAACACUCGAGUUCGAGUUCAGCAGCAACGUCCCUGGGGUACGAGCACCAGAGGUCCAAGCAAUCGCCCCUGCUGGUCGUGUCACGCUGCUGUCUUCAACUCAGGAGGAGUCGCUCACUCGCGGGACUGAAGUCAACGCGGGAGUCAGCCAGUUUGCAGACAUUGGUGGCACGGUAAAGUGGGAAAAGACGGUCAGCCGUACCACCAGCGAUGACUCUCGUGUGACGGGACACAUCUUCAGCGACGACUAUGGAAGGGGAGUAGGCGCCAGCUGGGUACUUCACGAGAACAGCUCCAUUCGGUCAGGAACGCCGAGCUUCAUGCGCUGUGCCAUCCUACUGAACAGGAAAUACGACGAGGAGAACUUUGAGUGCAAGAUAACGAUCAACGCGGAAGCAGAUUGGAAGUCGGAGAUGGGGAAGCUGUUUGGGUCAACGCCAAAGGACGACCCUAUCCUGUUUGAUCCGACUCUUCCGCCGACCAACAAGCUGCGCAAAGAGUAUGACAUUGAGAACUUGGGGGCCGUUGAUCUGGAUGAUUUCGUCGAUAUUGUGUUUGACAGGACUCUGAAGAAGAAGGUCAAGGACGCAGCCUGA